GAGGCACAUCCGGGUACGCCGCAUCUAGUUGACGUAAUUAAUAUUCAUGAGGCAAGUCUGCGCUUGAGUUUAAAAAUCACGCAGGUAUCGUCAGACAGGCACUUAAUAACGGUCUUCUGAAUGAGGUGUUUCGACGACUUGUGAAAUCAACUCAUCUCCUGCCUACAUAUUUCCAUCUGAAACUCUCUGAAACACUGGUUUACUCAUUAAAUAAGUCGGUCUGUAAAGAUUUGAGUCAGAUUAAAAGCAAUAUUGUAAGGUCAGGAAUUUUAAAUAGGUCAAGCUCGUCAGUUCCUCAAACAGCGUGAGAAUGGUGAACUGCGGUCUUCUGACAGGGUUGAAUGAGCCAGUUCCUCUGAAGAGCAUCUCAGUGGAGGUUCGGGUUCAGGAUCAUGUCGCCUCGGUCUCCUCCACUCUGCAGUAUGUGAAUGAGGAGCAGCGUCCCCUGGAGGCCUUGUUCGUCUUCCCUCUGCCUGCUGAUGCUGCUGUCUGCCACUUCAGUGCCAAGAUCGGAGAGCAGGAGAUUGUGGCAGAGCUUCAAGACAAAGAGACAGCGAAGGAUCAGUAUGAUGAUGCUGUGAGUUCAGGACAGCAGGCGUUUCUGUUGGAAGAGAGCGCAAAGAGUCCUGAUGUGUUCAAACUGAGUGUCGGGUGUCUGUUGCCGGGUCAGAACGCUGCCGUCACCAUCAUCUAUGUCACUGAGCUCGCUGUGCAGGCCGACCAAUCACUGCGCUUCUGUCUGCCAGCUGUUCUCAACCCCAGAUACACACCAGAAGGUUCAGAUGCUGGUAUAGUGUCAGAGAUUUCAUCAGUAUGUGGAGCAGCUCCCUACUCUCUGACUCUCAGUGUCCACGUGAGCUCUCCAAAGCCCAUCUCCAAACUAGAGUCCAACUGCACUCUGGAUCCUCUCGUGUUCCUCCGCUCUGACCACACUCAGGCUACGGUGAAUCUGAGUCCUGGUCACAUGUUUGAUAGAGAUGUUGAGCUGUUCCUGUACUAUCAGGACACCCAUCAGCCCUCUGCUGUAGUGGAGGCAGGAGUGGCCACUGCACCGUCAGACUCUCUAAUGAGAAACCCUGUGGUCAUGAUUAGCUUGUAUCCAGAGUUCCCAGAGGAAGGGAUGUCAUCAAUGGCAAAUCAAGGCGAGUUUGUUUUUGUGAUGGACAGAUCAGGCAGUAUGGACUGGACGAUGCAUCGUGGAAAAGAAGCACAGCACCGCAUUGAAAGUGCAAAAGACACUCUGCUCUUACUCUUGAAGAGUCUGCCCAUGGGAUGCUACUUCAACAUCUAUGGAUUUGGCUCUCGUUUUGAGUCUUUCUUCCCUAAAAGUGUUGAGUACAAUCAGGACAAAAUGGAUCAGGCUCUUAAAAAAGUAAAGGAAAUGCGAGCAGACAUGGGCGGCACAGAGAUUUUACAGCCUCUAGCACACAUCUACAGUCAGCCCUGCAUCCCUGAACACCCCAGACAGCUGUUCAUCUUCACUGAUGGAGAAGUAGGAAACACUAAAGAGGUGCUGGAUCUGGUGAAAAGUCACGCUCGCUCUCACAGGUGUUUCUCAUUCGGGAUUGGUGAAGGUGCGAGCACCGCCCUCAUCACAGGAUUGGCCAGAGAAGGAUCAGGUCAUGCCCAGUUCAUCACAGGCAGCGAGCGCAUGCAGCCCAAAGUAAUGGAGUCCCUCAGGUUUGCUCUUCAGCCCAUAGUGUCGAAUAUCUCAGUGGAUUGGACACUUCCAGAGCGUGUUACUGCUGAAACCAUUUCUCCACCCAUUGAUGUGCUCUUCCAGGGUCAAAGGACUCUCAUUUAUGCCCAACUUAAAGGAAAGAAUUUAGGAGGCUCUGAGGGAUCAGUGACAGUCAAAUACAACCUGAACAGUCAACCAGUGACAAACCAGCUGCACUUCUGCAUCAAACCAACUGAGGAAACAGGGUUGGUCGUCCACCGGCUGGCAGCUCGAACCAUGAUCCGUUCACUAGAGCAAAAGGAGAGAUCACCUGAUUUUACAAGGAAAAAGAUCAAGAGAACAUUAGCAAAGCUCAGGAAAACCAUAGUAAAGCUCAGUGUUCAGGCAGGUGUGAGCAGUGUUCAUACAGCCUUCAUUGGCAUUAAUAAAGACACCAAACAGACUGUGAAAGGACCCCUGCAGCGGAGAAGAGUGCCGACAUACGCAGGGAGAAUGAGAGAACUCAGUGGGUAUUCAAUACCACGAGCACCGCUGAGAAUGUCUGGUCCAUUGAGGGCACCGAGAAUGAGAGGUUCUUUGCCAUCGCCAGCACCGCUGUUGGGAUGUCCAUUGAGGGAUUGGUCGAAUGAGGAGGAAUUUGAUUGUUCUGAUGAUGAAGUGGACAAUCAGGGAUCAGAAGCUGCUCAGGACCUGUUACUCCCGCUGGUUUCCCUCCAGAAGGCCUCGGGCUGCUGGGAACUGGACGCCGCAUUGGCUGCUGUUUUGGGGAAGACAGAGGAUGAGCUGACCAAUCAGAAACCAGCACAGGUGGAUGGGUCAGUGUGGGCCACUCUCCUGGCUCUGAUCUGGUUGUACAGCUGGAGAAAAGAGCAGCAGGUGGAGUGGCAGUUUGUGGCCAGGAAGGCAGCGGCGUGGAUCACCUCUCAGAAAGUGGGCGAUCUGUCUCAGUGUGUGUGUGUGGGUAAUGUCCUGCUCGGAUGUCAGGUCACCAAAGACUCUCUGGGGAUCUGAAGAUAUCAGAAGACCAAAGAACAGACGCCAUUACAUUUAUAGUUAAUCUCUUACUUGCUUCAGAAACAUUUAAUCUUUGAUUUUAUUUGCUCAAAUCAACACCAAAUACGAAAUGAACCUGACCUCCACCAUCAUUAAAUGAAACCUCUCCAACCUGUUUCUACACAACAGCUAUGUAUCUUCAUUUCUCGGUUCAUCUAUUGAAUAUUAAGAGACAAUGUAUUAUAAUUAAUGACUUAUUUUACAAAAAGACAAUCAUUUUGAGGAAUAAAAAAGAGCUUCGGCCUCAGAUAAGCUUAUGAAACUGAUGCUAAAAUAACAAACCUAAUAACAGACCCGUUCACACCAAGCAUGAUAAUGACCGUUAAGCCCUCUUUUAUACGAUUAUUUAAAGAUAAUCACUAUCUAACAAUUGCUUAUACCAUGGAAAAUGAUGAUUAAUACACAACUCCAGGCCAACAAAUUGAAAUACAAGAAUAAAAGUAGCUCAGUUAUCCAGAUUCAGCAUCUUUGUGUUUCCUCAUGUUGUUUUUAUUCCACUAAACUGACGACUACAGGAAAAGCCGAGACCAGCACAUUUGGCGUCGUCCUUUAUUUUU